AUGGCACCGUCUUUUUUACCAAACGGUGGUCUCGCCGCCGGUGGGUCCACCACUCCUUCUGUCACCAGUCGUCUCACCUCCGUCUACAGUGAUGUUCAAACCAGUCGUAUUGACUACGAUCUUCCUCUUCCCGCCGUUCUCAGAAAUCCUUUUAAGGUUGUUGAUGGUCCCCGAAGCUCCGCCGCUGGACACCCAGAGGAAAUUGCGAAACUGUUUCCAAACUUGUUUGGGCAGCCUUCAGCAAUGUUGGUGCCCGGCGAUUCUGAUACAGUGCUGCCAGAUAAGAAGUUGAAAAUUGGUGUGGUAUUGUCAGGGGGUCAAGCUCCUGGUGGUCAUAAUGUGAUUUCUGGAAUUUUCGAUUACCUGCAACAGCGCGCAAAAGGAAGCACGUUAUAUGGUUUCAGGGGUGGUCCUGCUGGCAUCAUGAAGUGCAAAUACGUUGAACUGAACUCUGACUAUAUUUAUCCAUACAGAAAUCAGGGUGGCUUUGACAUGAUUUGCAGUGGUAGAGACAAGAUUGAAACUCCAGAGCAGUUUAAACAAGCUGAAGACACAGUACAGAAGCUGGACUUAGACGGGCUUCUUGUUAUUGGUGGGGAUGACUCAAACACAAAUGCAUGCCUUCUUGCCGAAAACUUCAGGAAUAAAAAUAUGAAAACACUAGUGAUUGGAUGCCCUAAAACCAUUGAUGGUGAUUUGAAAUGCAAAGAAGUUCCUACGAGUUUUGGAUUUGAUACUGCAUGCAAGAUAUAUUCGGAAAUGAUUGGAAAUGUUAUGGUAGAUGCACGAUCAAGUGGAAAAUAUUACCAUUUCGUGCGGCUUAUGGGACGUGCAGCUUCACACAUUACACUGGAAUGUGCUUUACAAACUCAUCCCAACAUUACUAUUAUUGGAGAAGAGGUUGCUGUCAAGAAGCAGACCCUGAAAAAUGUCACAGACUACAUUGUAGAUAUUAUUUGUAAACGUGCUGAAGCUAAUUAUAACUACGGGGUCGUCCUUAUCCCUGAAGGUCUAAUUGAUUUCAUCCCUGAGGUCCAGCAGCUUAUUGCUGAACUAAAUGAAAUCCUCGCCAAUGGUACUGUGGAUGAAGGUGGGCUAUGGAAGAAGAAACUUGCUGAUCAGUCAUUAAAGCUUUUUGAAUUCUUACCUCGAUCCAUUCAAGAACAAUUGAUGCUUGAAAGAGAUCCACAUGGAAAUGUUCAGGUUGCCAAGAUAGAAACAGAGAAAAUGCUUAUUCAGAUGGUUGAUGCUGAGUUGGAGAAGAGAAAGAAAGAAGGUUCAUAUAAAAGGGAGUUCAAAGGGCAGUCUCACUUUUUUGGCUACGAAGGGAGAUGCGGCUUGCCAACUAACUUUGAUGCUAUGUACUGCUAUGCAUUGGGCUAUGGUGCUGGAGCCCUUCUUCAUAGUGGGAAGACUGGAUUAAUAUCAUCAGUUGGGAAUUUGAGUGCUCCGGUGGAAGAAUGGACUGUUGGUGGAACGGCACUUACCUCAAUGAUGGAUGUUGAGAGGAGACGCGGUAAAUUUAAGCCUGUGAUCAAGAAGGCAAUGGUUGAACUUGAAGGGCCACCCUUUAAAAAGUUUGCUUCAGUUAGGGAUGAGUGGGCCCUAAAGAAUCGCUACAUGUGUCCAGGUCCCAUUCAAUUCUCUGGUCCGGGAGCUACCGCAGUUAAUCACACACUACUUUUGGAGCUUGGUGUAGAGUCUUAGGCAUAUUAUGAAAGAAACCUUAGUUUAUGUAGAUAAACUCUUAUCCAGCACUAGAAUGGGAGAAGUUCCAUGUUCAUGCUGAUCACGGCACUGUAAUACUUCUUCAGUCCUAGGCCAUUUCCUCGGCUAUUGCAUAUGUUUUGAACUUUGUUAAUAAAGACUAGAUUUUGAUGAGGUUCAUAAAUGUUUGCUUUUA